AUGGCUUCAAGAAAGACAUGCCAACAGCUAUGGCGCAUUCAGCCCACCACAAGCGCUCUCAUAAACCGAAGCAUCACGAAGCCCGCGCCCAUCGGCAGACUUCUGCCGGCGGCGACAGCAGCACUCCCCCCGAAAGCCCGACUUACAACUCAAUGCCGGCAAUCAAAUUUAUCCUCAUUUCAACAUCAAACUCGCCCAUACUCAAGCCAUUCUCCUGAGAAGACAGAGCACCCGAUCCCGAAAUGGACGCCGCCGAAGGACCCCACUUCUCGGCCCGUGGUGGUUCUCGGCGCGGGGGUCCUUGGCCGCCGACUGGCGGUGAUGUGGGCCUCGACUGGUCGGCCCGUCAUUUUGCAGGACAUCAAUGAGAAGGCGCUCUCGUCUGCUGUCGUCUAUGUUGGCGAUGCCCUGACGACUGUUUGCGCGGUCCGCGAGUCACAUCCCGGCCGCGUCACGACGAGCACUGUUCUCGAAGAGUCUUGCGGCGCCAACCCCUGGAUGGUCAUCGAAGCACUGCCUGAAGACCCUGAAAUCAAGCGCGAGAUGCUUGGAAAAGUCGACUCCCUGGUGCCAGAAGACUGCAUUAUUGCCUCCAACAGCUCAACAUGGCCGACAUCUGCACUGAGGACGCUCAUCUCUCGCCCCGAACGCCUUCUCAACACCCAUUACCAUCUUCCGCCACGCAACACCUACGUGGAGCUGAUGACGUGCGGAGCCACCGACAAGGACCUCAUGCCCUUCUUGAAAGAGCAGAUGCGGAGCGUAGGAUUCAACCCGCUUGCGUUGCCCCAUGAGUCCGUCGGCUUUGUCUUCAAUCGCAUCUGGUCUGCGGUCAAGUCAGACACCCUGCGUGUCCUUCAGGCAGAGCUGGCUUCGCCCCGAGACAUCGACGCGCUAUUCCGAGACUUCUUCCACGCCGAAAAGGGACCUUGCGAGAAGAUGGACGAGGUUGGCCUAGACACGGUUUGGCAGGUGGAGCGGAACAGGGUGAACAUGGGCGUCGUGGAUCCGAAGAAGGCGGGGUACACGGACUGGUUGGAGGAGAACUACAUCUCAAGAGGAAGACUGGGAGAGAAGACCGGAGACGGACUCUACUCUGCGGAAGAAAGAAGGUUGUUGGCCCAAAAGAGAGCAUUGGCAAAGAAGUCUUACCUGAAGUUGCGCUAA